AUCAAUCUAGAAAGAUAUGUCAAAAAUACCAUUUCAAUUAUUUUAAAAAUUCAGUUUUAAAAAUUUUACUCAAUUUUUCAUGAACUUUGUUAAUUCAAAUAAAUAUUUGAUUGAAUAGAGCAUUUUAGCUUUCAAGUUCAUUAUUCAUCCUUUAUAUUUACAAAACUUAUUUCUUGAAUGAAAUUUGAUAUUUCUUAAACCCGAAUUAAUUUGAAAAAAUAUUCGAUUGAAAGAACAGUUCUGCAUUACAGUGGAAUACUUCUUAAUAAAUGAUUUAAAAAUUAAUUUCUAAUCAAAAUCAUUUUAAUGUACAAAUGUUGCGUUAGUUGAUUAAGUGUACGCGUAUUACCCCAUGCGUCCAGGGUUCAGUUCCCCUUGCGAGCGAAAAUCGUCUGCGAUUAUAAAUAAUUACCUCAAUUGUAAAAAUUAAGCGAUACAACUUACAAAUGUAAUAAAUUUUUUCUCAGUGUGUCAUUGCAUUGUAAAAAAAUAUUCAGCUUACUUGCACAAUCACGAAAAAAUGGAUUUAUAUAUUUUAUUUUUAUCAAGAUUAAUUCACAAGAUUACCACCAAAUAGUAAAAAUCGCAGAUUGUCCAAGUUUGUAUGGUAGCUUAUUAUCAUUCACCAGAACCUGUAAUGUAAAAUAAAUAUUAAUAAAGUUUCAUUGCAAUUGAUAAGUUAUUGUGAAUUGAUUCACUUAACGUAAUUUAUUAUUACAUUCGGAAAAAAAUUCGCUCAUUGCUAUGAUGCUUUCAUUAUAAAAAUGUGAACGGAAAUAUACGUUGAAUUCUGCGAAUGUAAAGGGUACAGCGGUAUAUUCUUUUAUUGAAGUCUGCAUGCGAUAAUAAUAAUAGCGUAAAGAUGUUCUAUUUUAUGAAAGUUUUAUAGCUGCGAACGAAAAUAACUAGGAUAGCAGCGACGUUCCCCUUUACUAACGCGUAAUGUAAGUAUUUAUAUCUCAAGCGCUCGUCGAAAUAUUGUAUAAUCGAUAAACGUUCAUUGUCAUUUCAUCGUUGGAAAGAAGAGCUGAAAUUACGAAUUCGUAGGCAGCAAGAAACGCCUACUGCAACUAUAAUUUUUUAAUGAAACGCCAAAUAUUUUAUGCGAUCGGGCCAUAAUACACCUUCUUGCUUCUGUAGCCGUCGCGAAUUCGUCAUAGUAAUGAAGGGAGGGCUGAGCUUGCGCUAUCAAGUGCUUUUAAUUGAACAAAGUUGAAAGUUUAUUCGCCAUGAAACCGAAAGCAAAAGCAGACGAUGCUUUUGCAAUGUAUCGCAUUUUCCUGUGGACUCUCGGUGUCUGGCCACUUGAAAAACACAGUCUCUUCAAAAUUUCUCGUUUGACGAUUGCUACGAUUGCUCAGGCGACCUUUGCAGUACACACUACUGCGGAACUUUAUCUGAACAACGGCGAAAUAGCUGCAAUGGUCGACGUCGUCCUUUUUUGUUCUUCGGCUUAUCUAACGCUUGCGAAAAUGAUUGGUCUCCAUGUUUACCGGGACAAAAUUGCUGAAAAUCUCGAGUCUUAUCGCAAUGACUGGGCGGAUACCAAAGAUGAGAACUCAUUAAGAAUAAUGAGAGAUCACCUUAAGGUAUACAGAUAUCAAUUCAUACUGUACAACUCGUGCGGCUACAUUGGCACGACAAUGUUCGUAGUGCGAACGAUCGUUGCUAAUUUGUUGGCAAAACGUCAACUGGGCGUCGACGAUGACUUCGAAUACGUACUUGCCUGUCAGACAUCAUUUUUAUCGUCGCAAAUUAUAGCUUAUUAUUACAUACCAAUUUUGGCAGUACAAUUCGUCCAGCUAAUUUACUGCUGUACCAGUGGGGCUUGCACAGAUUGCUUCUUCUUUUGCCUCGUAUAUCACUUGAGCGCUCAAUUUAAAAUUUUAAAAGUCAAGUGGCAAACAUUAGAGAUAGGCGAGGAGCCUGUCGAAGAUCAAAGAGCCAAGGUCAUAGAGUUGAUUAAGAGACAUAAACAACUUAUAAAGCUCGGUGAAAACUUGGAGGCAAGCUUCAACAAUACCGUGUUGAUACAACUAAUGACAAGUAUAAUUCUCGUCUGUGUGAGUGGAUGCAGCGUGCUGGUCUCGCUAAUGAGCAGUGACUAUAUCACGAUGAUCGUGAGUACGAACUGCAUAUGCUUCAUGAUGACGGAAUCUUUCAUUUACGGCUAUGCAAGCGAGUAUCUUGACACGCAAAGCCAAAGUAUCAUCGAAGCUGCUUAUGCUAACAAAUGGUAUCAGCUGCAUAACAGUCUUAAAAAAGACUUGAUCUUCGUCAUGAUGCGGGCAGAAGUGCCUCUAAGCAUCACUGCUGGAAAAUUUUUCUACGUCACGCGAAAUACCAUUGUCGUCCUAUUAAAAACUUCCUUUUCUUUUCUCUCGGUACUGAGGCUAACUCUAGAAAAAUCUGCUCAACAAACAUAAAACUUCACGACAAAACAUACAUUUCAAGAAAAAGUAUAAUUUCUUCAUGCAUUAAUAAAUGGAAGUUUCCAACUUUAUUUUUUGUAUAUCUCUGAUUGUGAUGGGAAAAAACUUGGUUUUAUUCAUGAUCUGUUG